CACGCAAUGCAAAAGCUGGCCCAAGAGAGAGAAACAGAGGAGAGAGAUAGGGGGGUGUUUAAAGAGUAAAACCUCGAGGAGUUUUAGAGAGAGUUAGCGAAGAACAAAUUUGACAGCUUUAUUAUUGUUCCGUGUUUGCAGUUGCAGAGGGAAGAUUUCCCAAAUCUUCCCUUUGCAAAGAAGUAUGAGAGCCUAUCUGCCCAAGCAUUUGAAUCCAUUGAAUUAGGGUUUCUUUUUUGCAAGUUCGUGCAGAGGGCUUUAAAGCGUUUUCUUUUUCUUUUUCCUGUUCUCUGUUUCUUUUAGAGAGAAGGAAGGAUUAGAAGAAGAUGGCAACCAGUUUUGAUCGGUGGCAGAAGGAUGUCUUCUUUUCGGCGGCAGAGGAAGUUCAAGAAUCGGCUGAUUUAAUGGAAUCGGUUUAUAGGACGUGGUUAAAGGAUCGAAGAGAGGGAUCGCGGUCAGAUGAUUCAGAUGAGCUUAGAAGGGAUCUUCAUACUGCCCUUGGUACUGCGAAGUGGCAGUUGGAGGAGUUUGAGAGGGCUGUCAAGUCAUGUCAACAAAAUUCCAUGCUUGAUGAUAGUGCAUCAAGACACAAGCAAUUCGUGCUGGUGAUUGAAAACCAGAUUGCUCGUAUUGAAAAGGCAUUGAUGGAGUCUGCUAUUGAGGAAGGGAAGGAAGGGUUUCGAUGGGUACAGUUAGAUAAAGAAGAGAGAGAUGAUUUGGCUCUUUUUCUCUCAGGUACCCCACAAGGAAAGGCUGAUAAGUCCAAUCCUCUUCCAUUGGACAAAGAGGUCUCCCAUGAAAAGAAACCUGUUCCUUGUGGAGAACCGUGCCGUAUAAAAGAGUUCAAAGAAAUAGUGACCAUAAACAAUGACGCAAAAUUUGUGGUUGAAUUUGAAGCCAAAGAACUUCAUGGAACGAGAGAUGGAAAUUUCAGUCAUGGAGAGAGCAUAAAUGGGCAUAGAAGAACUACAAGCGAGGGUUCAGAUAUUGGGGCUUGGAAGAUUGUAAUUGCAGAUGGGGAUGAAAAGACAAGAUCGGAAACACUCGCAGAAACAUCUUCACAAACCCAUGGCUUCUGUGGUUUGCUCAAGGGUAUUGAAUCUAGAACCAAAAUAAAGUGGUCCAAAAGUGGGUUUGGAAAAGGAAAAGAUGGAGAUCCUUAUGAGGCUGAUAUUGUGAGCUCGAGUUCUCAGGUCUGGAGAGGUCCUCAACAGUUGACUCAGGGAAUUAACAGGAUUUGCGAAAGAAGUAGGAAUUGUUUUGAUUAUAGCCGAAAUGAUUUCAAUGAUUAUCGGGCUAAGCAGCUUCUUGGGUGGUGCGGGGGAAUUCAGAAACGCCUUCAACGGUCUCAUUAUAGUGUCCAGCAGAGCUCUUCUCGCCAUAUCUUCAAGCUUUUGCUAACAAUUAUCUGUAUUGCCGUGUUUAUAUUUUAUGCAAUUUGAAGGUGCUUCAUACACCACUGAUGGCUAGGACCAAAGGUUCAUUGAUUGGCAUGAAGUAAGACCACAUUUGAUCAUUUAUACUUACCAUGGCCAGCUCUCUUUAGAUAUCAAUCCUUGUGAUUUGCCCAUUUCAUUCUCUCAAAUCUGUUCCAUCCAAGAUGAUAUCAUGUGGGGUAACUGGCAAUGAGAUGAAGAAUCACUGGAGAAUGAUGCUGCACGAGCUCUCCCUGUCUCGUUGGUCUAGAAAGUGAAAACUAUACCACGCAUUGUAUAGUAUGUUCAAAAUAUUAGUUUAGUAUGCCUGCAUCGGUGGUCAGAUGUAUAUUUGAGACUUGCAAAUUAGGGCAUAGAUGGUAUGGAUGGGAGUUUUGAGGCAAGUUUAUUUGAUGUAUAUUUGAGACUUGCAGAUUAGGGCAUAGAUGGUAUGGAUGGGAGUUUUGAGGCAAGUUUAUUUCUGGUGAAGAUGAACUAUUGUCGUGUGCAUUUCUUCUUGGGCAUACUGAUAUUGAUGUAUUGAUCUGGUCUCUAAAUGGAAGGGACCAAUUGUUUUUGUGAGGCUAUGUUGCAGUGUGGGUUAAGUUUUGCUUCUUUAUCUUCUAUGUAUGACCAUUUCAUA